AUGGCGGUGGAGCCAGUGAGGCAGAAAAUGGCGGGGCGGAAGAAGAUGGCGGUGGAGUGGGUUGUGGGGAUUCGGGGGCAGACGGAACUACAGGAGGAGGGAUUCAGUCUUCUCUGCCAGCAGUUCUAUGCCAUGCUACUGAAAAAGAUUAUAUAUUCUUGGCGCAACUGGUUGUUGAUGUUACCGAUACAGAUCCUGGUGCCUCUGGUGAUCAUUAUAUUAAGCCUAACAUUUUUCAACUAUAAAGCAAGCAGCAUGGAAAGUGUCCCAUUGAAGCUGACUCUGAAAACAUAUGGUCGCACUAUUGUUCCAUUCUUCAUUUCUAACAGUUCUAGGCUGGAUCCUCACCUUUCAGCUCGCUUUGCAAGUAUGCUUGUGGCUGAGGGACAGAUUCCUCUGGAGGUCCCAGGUUCUAUAGAUGAAUUUCUUUUGAAAAAGGCAAAUGAGGACCCUGAGGACUUUGAUAGGCUCUACCUAGUGGCAGCUUCCUUUGAAGACGUGGGGAACCACACAAUAGUGACAGCACUGUUCAACAACGAGGCGUACCAUUCCCCUGCCCUGGCUCUAGCUCUGGUGGACAAUUUUCUCUUCAAAUUGCUUUCUGGUGCCAGGGCUUCCAUGACUGUGACCAACCACCCUCAGCCUCAGUCAGCCAUGGAGAUGUUGGAGAAUAUCUUGUACCAGGGCCCUAAAGGACAUUACCUUGUUAUCAACUUGCUUUUUGGAAUAGCUUUCCUGUCUAGCUCUUUUUCCAUGUUGACAGUCAGAGAGAGACGCAUUAAGGCCAAGCACGUCCAGUUUGUCAGUGGAGUUUAUGUGGCUACUUACUGGCUCUCCGCUCUCCUGUGGGACCUCAUCUCCUUCCUCAUCCCCACUCUGCUGUUGGUGGUGGUGUUUUUAUACUAUAAGGAAGAAGCUUUUACACACGAAGAAAACAUGUGGGCGGUUGUCUUGAUGUUAAUGCUGUAUGGCUCGGCCAUUAUCCCCUUCAUCUAUCUGGUCAGCUUCUUCUUUGACAAUGCUGGUAAUGCUUGUGUUAAGCUUGUCGUAAUGCUCACCUUCUUGAGCAUUGGUCCUAUCAUUCUCGUCUCAGUCACCGGUGAACAAGAGCUAGGCUUCACAACGAUCUCAGAGUCACUGGAUCAUACAUUCCUAAUACUUCCAGGCCACUGUCUGGGGAUGGCUUUCUCCAACUUAUAUUACAACUUCGAAUUACAGAAGUUUUGCAAUACCAAGAACCUGAACUUGACUCAGUGCAAUGAAGUUUGAUAUGUGAUCCAAAAGGACAUCUAUGCCUGGGAGUCUCUAGGGAUGGGGAAGUACCUAACAGUUCUGGCGAUCUUGGGACCUGUGUACAUCAUCCUGCUUUUCCUUGUCGAAAGCAAUAUAUUCUGGAAACUGAAAACCAGGUUUUCUGACCUUGGCAGCAAGGAAAGUUUGGCAGUGUUGCGGAAUGUAGCACUAGAACCUGAAGACAAAGACGUGCAAGAGGAGGCGAACGUUAUCGAGGCUUAUUUGGAAAAGCUGUGUGAGCAAAAUCCACUAGUUGUUAAAGAAAUAUCAAAGAUCUAUGUCAAGAAGGUGCCCCUGCUGGCUGUGAACAAGGUGUCCUUCACCAUUAAAGCAGGAGAAUGCUUUGGCCUUCUUGGCCUCAAUGGUGCUGGGAAGACUUCUAUUUUCAAAAUGCUGACGGGGGAGAAGCCCAUCACCUCUGGGGAUGCCUUUGUCAAGGGCCUCAGCAUCAGCGCUGAUGUAAGGCAGGUGCGGCACUGGAUCGGCUACUGUCCUCAGUUUGAUGCCCUGCUGAAUUUCAUGACUGGCCGAGAGACGCUGGUCAUGUAUGCUCGGAUUCGCGGCAUCCCUGAGCGCCACAUCAGUGCCUGUGUGGACCAGAUUCUGGAAGACUUAGUCAUGUACACGUACGCCGACAAGUUGGUAAAGACCUACAGCGGUGGUAACAAGCGGAAGCUGAGCACUGGCAUUGCCCUGAUCGGAGAGCCUGCGGUCAUCUUCCUGGAUGAGCCAUCCACUGGCAUGGACCCUGUGGCUCGGCGCCUGCUCUGGAAUGCCAUGGGACGGGCCCGUGAGUCUGGCAAGGCCAUCGUCAUCACCUCCCACAGCAUGGAGGAGUGUGAGGCCUUGUGUACCCGGCUGGCCAUCAUGGUGCAGGGUCAGUUCAAGUGCCUGGGCAGCCCCCAGCACCUCAAGAGCAAAUUUGGCAGCAGCUACUCCCUGCGGGCCAAGGUCCGGAGCGAAGGGCAGCAGGAGAUACUGGAGGAGUUCAAGGCGUUUAUGGACCUGACCUUCCCAGGCAGCGUCCUGGAAGAUGAGCACCAAGGGAUGGUCCAUUACCACCUGCCCGGCCGUGACCUCAGCUGGGCAAAGGUGUUUGGCAUUCUGGAGCAGGCCAAGAGAAAGUACAUGCUGGACGACUACUCAGUCAACCAGGUCUCCCUGGAGGACAUUUUCCUGAGCUUUACCUGUCCUACUGUCACGGAGCCUGGAAACCACCGCUCCUAUCCUGUGCCCAGCACAGGCCAACCCGUGAAGCAAGCAGAUGUGGACUUCCCUUUCGGGAAGAGUUCCCAGGAGGCGGGGAGGAGAGACGGGGGAAAGAAGGGACGGCAUCCGGUACAGCCGCGGCCGCCAAACCGGGGGCUCCGCCUGAAGCACGCGGCGGGGAGGAGAGGCCGUGCGGGGUCGCAGGCCCAGGGCCGGCCGAGGCACCAGGCCGGGCGCGGCGCGUCCCAGGAGAACCCUCGGGCCCUCAGCCUCCAGCCACCUGCACGGGACGGCUGA